CCGACCCGUGCAAGCCCCCGGUUUUCGUGCUAGGGGGCCUCCAGCAGCGCUCUGCCCUCCCCUCGUCUCCUCUUCUUCCUCCCUCUCUCGCUCCCCCCCAAAACCCCGCCAGUGGCUCACGCCUCCUGCAUACGGGAUGAGGUGAGCAGCGCCGCCGCUGAGAGGGGGCGCGCGCGGGUGUGAGCGUGUGUCCGUGUGCGAGUGUGUGUGCGCCGGGCGGGCGGGCACUGCAGCUUCUUCCUCCGUGGAGCGGAGAGCGAGAGAGAGCUAGAGCGAGCGAGAGAGCGGCGAAGGCGGGCAGAGGGGCGCGGGCGAGGCGGAGCAGCCAUCCCCGGGCCCGGCGCCGCGCUGCCACCAUGCUAAACAACCUGACGGACUGCGAGGACGGCGAUGGGGGCGCCAACCCCGGUGAUGGCAACCCCAAGGAGAGCAGCCCCUUCAUCAACAGCACUGACACAGAGAAGGGAAGGGAGUACGAUGGCAAGAACAUGGCCCUGUUUGAGGAGGAGAUGGACACCAGCCCCAUGGUGUCCUCCCUGCUCAGUGGCCUGGCCAACUACACCAACCUGCCCCAGGGAAGUAGGGAGCAUGAAGAAGCAGAAAAUAAUGAGGGUGGAAAAAAGAAGCCAGUGCAGGCCCCACGCAUGGGCACCUUUAUGGGCGUGUACCUGCCGUGUCUGCAGAACAUCUUUGGCGUCAUCCUCUUCCUGCGACUCACGUGGGUGGUGGGCAUCGCGGGCAUCAUGGAGGCCUUCUGCAUGGUCUUCAUCUGCUGCUCUUGUACAAUGCUCACGGCCAUCUCCAUGAGUGCUAUUGCAACCAAUGGAGUUGUACCUGCUGGCGGCUCCUACUACAUGAUUUCCAGGUCUCUGGGCCCAGAGUUUGGGGGCGCCGUGGGCCUCUGCUUCUACCUGGGCACUACCUUCGCUGGGGCCAUGUACAUCCUGGGCACCAUUGAAAUCCUGCUGGCUUACCUCUUCCCAGCUAUGGCCAUUUUUAAGGCAGAAGAUGCCAGCGGGGAGGCAGCAGCCAUGCUGAACAAUAUGCGUGUGUAUGGCACCUGUGUGCUCACUUGCAUGGCCACUGUGGUCUUUGUGGGCGUCAAGUAUGUCAACAAAUUUGCCCUUGUCUUCCUGGGUUGUGUCAUCCUCUCCAUCCUGGCCAUCUAUGCUGGGGUCAUCAAAUCUGCCUUUGACCCGCCCAACUUCCCGAUCUGCCUCCUGGGGAACCGCACACUGUCUCGCCAUGGUUUUGAUGUGUGUGCCAAGUUGGCUUGGGAAGGAAAUGAGACGGUGACCACAAGGCUCUGGGGCCUUUUCUGUUCCUCCCGUUUCCUCAACGCCACCUGUGAUGAGUACUUCACCCGAAACAAUGUCACGGAGAUCCAGGGCAUCCCUGGCGCCGCCAGUGGCCUCAUCAAAGAGAACCUCUGGAGCUCCUACCUGACUAAAGGGGUGAUUGUGGAGAGACGUGGGAUGCCUUCGGUGGGCCUGGCGGAGGGCACCCCUGUCGACAUGGACCAUCCUUAUGUCUUCAGCGAUAUGACCUCCUACUUCACCCUGCUGGUUGGCAUCUACUUCCCCUCAGUCACAGGGAUCAUGGCUGGUUCUAACCGCUCCGGGGACCUACGGGAUGCCCAGAAGUCAAUUCCCACUGGCACUAUCCUGGCCAUUGCCACCACCUCGGCUGUCUAUAUCAGCUCCGUUGUUCUGUUUGGGGCCUGCAUUGAGGGGGUCGUCCUGCGGGACAAGUUUGGCGAAGCUGUGAAUGGCAAUCUGGUGGUGGGCACACUGGCCUGGCCGUCCCCCUGGGUCAUUGUCAUUGGAUCCUUCUUCUCCACCUGUGGGGCUGGGCUGCAGAGCCUCACGGGGGCCCCACGCCUGCUGCAGGCCAUCUCCCGGGAUGGCAUAGUGCCCUUCCUGCAGGUCUUUGGCCACGGCAAAGCAAACGGAGAGCCAACAUGGGCCUUGCUGCUGACUGCCUGCAUCUGUGAGAUUGGAAUCCUCAUCGCGUCCCUUGAUGAGGUCGCCCCCAUCCUCUCUAUGUUCUUCCUGAUGUGCUACAUGUUUGUGAACCUGGCCUGUGCAGUGCAGACACUGUUGAGGACGCCCAACUGGAGGCCACGCUUUCGAUAUUACCACUGGACACUUUCCUUCCUGGGCAUGAGCCUCUGCCUGGCACUCAUGUUUAUCUGCUCCUGGUAUUAUGCGCUGGUGGCCAUGCUCAUUGCUGGGCUCAUCUACAAGUACAUUGAGUACCGUGGGGCCGAGAAGGAGUGGGGUGAUGGGAUCCGAGGCCUGUCCCUCAGUGCCGCACGCUACGCCCUCUUACGCCUGGAGGAAGGGCCCCCACAUACCAAGAAUUGGAGGCCACAACUGCUGGUGCUGGUGCGUGUGGACCAAGACCAGAAUGUGGUACACCCCCAGCUGCUCUCGCUGACUUCCCAGCUCAAGGCAGGGAAGGGCCUGACCAUUGUGGGCUCCGUCCUUGAGGGCACCUUUCUGGAUAACCAUCCCCAGGCCCAGCGGGCAGAGGAGUCCAUCCGGCGCCUGAUGGAGGCAGAGAAAGUGAAGGGGUUCUGCCAGGUAGUGAUUUCCUCCAACCUGCGUGACGGUGUGUCGCAUCUGAUUCAGUCUGGGGGCCUUGGGGGGCUGCAGCACAACACGGUCCUCGUUGGCUGGCCCCGAAACUGGCGGCAGAAGGAAGACCAUCAGACGUGGAGGAACUUCAUUGAGCUGGUCCGGGAAACCACAGCUGGUCACCUGGCCCUGCUGGUCACCAAGAACGUGUCCAUGUUCCCCGGGAACCCUGAGCGCUUCUCGGAGGGCAGCAUCGACGUCUGGUGGAUCGUUCACGACGGCGGCAUGCUCAUGCUCUUGCCUUUCCUGCUGCGGCACCACAAGGUCUGGCGCAAGUGCAAGAUGCGCAUCUUCACGGUGGCCCAGAUGGACGACAAUAGCAUCCAGAUGAAGAAGGACCUGACCACCUUUCUGUACCACUUACGGAUCACCGCGGAGGUCGAGGUGGUGGAGAUGCACGAGAGCGACAUCUCAGCUUACACCUACGAGAAGACACUGGUGAUGGAGCAGCGUUCCCAGAUCCUCAAACAGAUGCAUUUAACCAAGAACGAGCGAGAGCGGGAGAUCCAGAGUAUCACAGAUGAGUCUCGGGGCUCCAUCCGGAGAAAGAAUCCAGCCAACACUCGGCUCCGCCUCAACGUCCCAGAAGAGACAGCUGGUGACAGCGAGGAGAAGCCAGAGGAGGAGGUGCAGCUGAUCCAUGACCAGAGCGCUCCCAGCUGCCCCAGCAGUUCUCCAUCCCCGGGGGAGGAACCCGAAGGGGAGGGCGAGGGAGACCCAGAGAAGGUGCAUCUCACCUGGACCAAGGACAAGUCGGCAGCAGAGAAGAAUAAGGGCCCCAGUCCGGUCUCCUCUGAGGGCAUCAAGGACUUCUUCAGCAUGAAGCCGGAGUGGGAGAAUUUAAACCAGUCCAACGUGCGGCGCAUGCACACCGCCGUGCGGCUGAACGAGGUCAUCGUGAAGAAAUCCCGGGAGGCCAAGCUGGUUUUGCUCAACAUGCCGGGACCUCCACGCAACCGCAACGGUGACGAAAAUUACAUGGAGUUCCUCGAGGUCCUCACCGAGCACCUGGACCGGGUGAUGCUGGUCCGCGGCGGUGGCCGCGAGGUCAUCACCAUCUACUCCUGAGAGCCAGGACCUGCCACCCGGGCCCGAGUGCGCCCGGCCGGCGGCCCCGGAGCUCUCGCCGCGCCCCCCGCCGCUGUCACCGUUUACAUACAGACCCUGUGCCCGCGCCCUGGCCCCUUUCCCCGCUGCCUGAAGCCCGGAGGCCACGCCGCUGGGGGCUGACUCGGAGAGGACCGCCCCAAGCGGAGGCCGGAGCCCGGGCGCCCCGUCGGCGCGUUGCUCCGCGGGCCUGGCCUAGCCCCGCGGGAGGAGACGCUGCAAUAAGGCCGGGGAGGCGCAGAGAGCGGGGGGCGCGGGGCCGUGAGGAGUCCCGGCGGGCCUCGC